ACGACAAUCUAUAAGUAGAUUGCGCCGAUCGCAGUAUUUCCUAUUUAUAUACAAGUUUUUCUUGACCUCGACAGUUAUGGAGGGAUUUUUCAUCCCAAGUUAAAUAUAUAUUAUCACUAUGGCGUUGUCAAAAUGGCGCAGUUUUAAUGAAUGGCAUUUCCAAAAGAAGCUUGGAUCGGGUGGAUUCGGGGAGGUGCUUCUUUGGAGAAAUGCAUCCACGGGCCAAAGCGUUGCUACAAAACAUAUCAGAGAACCGAUAUCAUUGGGUGCCGAUCAACAGAUUAAACUGCAUGAGCGCUGGCAGAAGGAGUAUAAUUGGACGCGCGAUUUCCCUGAGUUGGACAGCAUAGUGUCAGGCAUUCGGCUGGAAGAGAAACAUCUGGAAUUUGUCCAAUAUUUAAAUCGGACCCAUGCAUGCAAAUUGCCAGUGAUUAUAUUAGAGUACUGCGAUGGUGGCGAUGUGCGAAAGCGUCUGCAGCUUCCUGAGAACGCCAAUGGCUUGUGUGAACUGGAGGUUAGGUCGAUUUUGGGAUCAAUGCGUAAGGCCUUGGAUUUCCUACAUUUCAAAUGCAAAGUUUGUCAUAGGGAUUUAAAGCCGGACAACAUAGUCAUCCAACGAGGUCGCAAUGGUAAAAAGAUCUAUAAACUCACGGAUUUCGGUCUAGCCCGCCAAUCGCCCGACAAAACUAUGCUUCAGAGUGUAGUUGGCACUCGGCACUACUUCGCGCCCGAGGUUUUAGAAACUGGCAAGUACAACAAUUCGGUGGAUUACUGGUCAUUGGGCAUCAUUGCCUAUGAGACCAGCACUGGCAACUUGCCAUUUAUACCCCAUCAAACGCCAAGAGUUAUAUUGCAACAAUUGCUCUUGAAAAAAGAUCAAAAAUACAUAGCUAUUACCGAGGAUCCUGUUACAAAUCAAUUUGAAUUUCACACAAAGUUGCCUUUGGAGAAUAAAUUAACUCCGUGUUGGUCCGAAAAGCUGGAACAGUGGCUAACACUCGCCCUUGAAACUGACUAUCGAAAACGAGCCGCAACUGAUGAAGUACAAUCCGAAUUGCCAAUAGUUUUCAAAAAAUUGGAUGAGAUUUUGCAGAUAAAAGUCCUAACGAUUUUUGUUAUUAGCAACUACAAGUGCUUAGGUUACAUAAUCUCGCAGAACAUGACCAUGGUGGACUUGUCCAAACUCAUUAGUAAAGAUACCGGUAUACCAGAAAAAAAAGUUUGUUUUAUUCUUCCCACUGGUCAUCCGCAUAAAACGCUAACUUUGACCACUCGUCCCUCGGAUCUGUAUGUAGAGGAUUGGUUGGACACCAGUCAAGAGGCCAACUCUUCACCAGUUAUGCUGUACGUAGUCCAUGCUAAUGACGAAGUCACUCUUCAAGCCGGCGAACCAAAAAUCUCAAAUUCCAUGAAAUAUUACAACACUCCUGAUUUUCGAAGUAAUCAAUCUUGGGUAAUGCAGCAUUUUUUUUUGCUGGUGCAUCAUUUUGCGAGUACCGAGCAGAAGAACUUGGAACUAUUACUGCUGGGCCUACGAGAAUACGCUAUGUUUUUGCAGGAUGUUCUUAUGCAAUAUCGUCCAUGGAUUGAUAAUUUGAAUGAGCAGAGACUGAAGGCUGCUGGAGCCUACGAAUUUGUAAAGAGACAUUUGAAAAUUGUGGGCAAUCCUCCAAGCUUAGAAUGGUUGGAAUUGGAGAAAAAGUGGACGGAAACAUUGAAGGCGGUCGAUAAAACCAUAAAGCACUAUGAAUCCAAUGUUACCAACUCAAAGGAAAAGGAGGACAAAUCUCUGCAACUAUGUAAAACUUGGGUUAAGAAAGAUGCAUAUAAUGUCACAUCCUUGCAACAAAUUUGCGGCAGGGGAAACGAGCUGAAGAACUAUAUCAUUGAUACAGUUAUUAUGCGGGAUAAGUUCUUAAAAAAUCCCGAUAUAAAUUAUAUAUAUACCAGUCUUCUAAAGCUGAACGUACAUUGUGAUAAAUUGGUUAAAACAUUGAAGAGCUGUCACAAAAAACUAAAUGAAAGUCAAGAUAUACUACACAAAAUGUUAGGCAUGCUGAUGCCGCAGGCGCAACCAGAGUCACCGGCGUUGUUCGAAUUAAGCAGCUUAAUGAACCAUUUGAGCGUCGAUGUUUCAGUCAAUUCUGUUGAAGAUUCCGGUACAGAUGAAUUGAUCAGGGAUUCGCUGCGAUUAGAGCGACUUAUGCGGGGAAACAUGGAGACUGAUCAGAUGUAGUUUUUGGCGUUUGCGUUUAUCUAUAUAUAUUACUGGAAUAUAUCUAUGUAUAGUCUUAUGAUUUUGUCUUACAUGAUGAUAUGAUGAGAUCAAUCCUUUAACCCUUUGUCGGAUUGCCUUAUUUAAAUUAAGAAUGAGAACCGUCUGUUGCUUUACAUUUUUUAUUAGUUGUAUGCAUUUAUUGUAGCUUUCGUGGAAAUCAUGCUUUACUUUUUGUUCUUUCAGUAAAUUUUUUUGUUCAA